CGCCCGGCGGGUGGGCUGCUGAGGCGGCGGCGGCCCCAGUGCGCGGGGCGCCGCCCAUGUGCGCCCGCCGUCCCGGAGGUGGGGGUGGCUUGGUGGCCGCGGUGGACCGAGAGGGCCAGCGCGAAAGCUCACUACCCAUAUAAUGGAUUUUAUAGUUCAGAUUGUUUUAUUCUGGAUUUCAUGGUAACAAAACAGGAAGUAUACUUAAUUUCUCAUUUCUACAAGUAGUCAUGACUACUGAGAAAACAAUUUUUUUAAGCUACAGCAGAAUUCAUCUUGGUACCUUUUAUGGAAAUCCUGAUUUUGUUUUUAAUUUUGAUAACCUUUUGCUAAAGGUAUGAAGAAGCAACUUAUCUUGUUAGGCAAAUACACAUUUAUAAGAAUGUCUAGAAGAGGAUCAAUCCUUCACACCCGGACCCACUGGCUACUGUUAGGACUGGCUUUGCUCUGUAGUUUGGUAUUAUUUAUGUACCUUCUGGAGUGUGCCCCUCAGACUGAUGGAAAUGCAUCUCUUCCUGGUGUUGUUGGAGAAAAUUAUGGUAAAGAGUACUAUCAAGCCCUCCUACAGGAGCAAGAAGAACAUUAUCAAACCAGGGCAACCAGUCUGAAACGCCAAAUCGCCCAACUAAAACAAGAAUUACAAGAAAUGAGUGAGAAGAUGAAAUCAUUACAAGAGAGAAAGAAUAUAGGGGCUAAUGGCAUAGGCUAUCAAGGCAACAAAGAACAAGCACCUAGCGAUCUUUUAGAAUUUCUUCAUUCCCAGAUUGACAAAGCUGAAGUUAGCACAGGAGCCAAACUACCCAGUGAGUAUGGGGUGAUUCCUUUUGAAAGUUUUACUUUAAUGAAAGUAUUCCAGUUGGAAAUGGGUCUCACUCGACAUCCUGAAGAGAAGCCAGUUAGAAAAGACAAACGAGAUGAAUUGACAGACGUUAUUGAAGCUGGCUUGGAGGUCAUUAAUAAUCCUGAUGAAGAUGAUGAACAGGAAGAUGAGGAGGGUCCCCUGGGAGAGAAACUUAUAUUUAAUGAAAAUGACUUCAUAGAAGGUUAUUAUCGCACUGAGAGAGAUAAGGGAACACAGUAUGAACUCUUUUUUAAGAAAGCAGACCUUAUGGAAUAUAGACAUGUGACCCUCUUCCGCCCUUUUGGACCUCUCAUGAAAGUGAAGAGUGAGAUGAUUGACAUUACUAGAUCAAUUAUUAAUAUCAUUGUGCCACUUGCUGAAAGAACUGAAGCAUUUGCACAGUUUAUGCAGAACUUCAGGGAUGUUUGUAUUCAUCAGGACAAGAGGAUUCAUCUCACAGUGGUGUAUUUUGGUAAAGAAGGUCUCUCUAAAGUCAAGUCUAUCCUAGAAUCUGUCACAAGUGAGUCUAAUUUUCACAAUUACACCUUGGUUUCAUUGAAUGAAGAAUUUAAUCGUGGACGAGGACUCAAUGUGGGUGCCAGAGCUUGGGACAAGGGAGAGGUCUUGAUGUUUUUCUGUGAUGUUGACAUAUUUUUCUCAGCCGAAUUCCUUAACAGCUGCCGAUUAAAUGCUGAGCCAGGUAAAAAAGUGUUUUACCCUGUGGUGUUCAGUCUUUACAAUCCUGCCAUCGUUUAUGCCAACCAGGAUGCACCGCCACCUGUGGAGCAGCAGCUGGUUCACAAAAAGGAUUCUGGUUUUUGGAGAGAUUUUGGCUUUGGAAUGACUUGUCAAUAUCGAUCAGAUUUUCUGACCAUUGGUGGAUUUGACAUGGAAGUAAAAGGUUGGGGUGGAGAAGAUGUUCAUCUUUAUCGAAAAUACUUACAUGGUGACCUUAUUGUGAUUCGGACUCCAGUUCCUGGUCUUUUCCACCUCUGGCAUGAAAAACACUGUGCAGAUGAGCUAACCCCUGAGCAGUACCGCAUGUGCAUACAGUCUAAAGCCAUGAAUGAGGCUUCUCAUUCCCACCUGGGAAUGAUGGUCUUCAGAGAAGAAAUAGAGAUGCAUCUUCAUAAACAGGCAUACAGGACAAACAGUGAAGCUGUUGGUUAACAAAAUUGUUAAUGUAUAACAGUAUAACCAUAAACCAGCACUAUUUAUUUAGCCUUAAUUCCAGUUCCAGAUAUUGUGCCUCUUCCAGAAAAGACUCAUUUAUUUUUCAUAUCCUUUCCGACAUUAUGUUGGCAGUUCAACUUGAUAGAAGAAGAAAAACAAGUGUUUCAAUGCAAAGCCUAUUUGAGAAUACUGCACUAUGGAAUAGUAGACAAAAUGAAAUCUGGUGUCUGUCCCAAAAGUAGAUUUGAGUCAGUUUUCUGCCUGGUGGCCAUGAUCUGAUUCUGUGGGAUUGCAUGCUGUGAUUGCAUCUGGUGAAGGGAUAGAAUAUGCUAGGCACAUUGCUACAGAGGAGACUGAGUGGUACAGAUGUGGUGCAGGGACAGGUACUAUUUCUUCACUUCACCUGCUGACCACUAAGUCAGUCGAUCUGAUUUUUGUUUUGUUUUUCUGUUUUUUUCAUGGUACUGGGGAUUGAACUCAGGGGCCCUCUACCACUGAGCUAUAUCCCCAACCCUUUUUAUUUUUUGAGACAAGUUCUCACUAACUUGCCAAGGCUGGCUCCAACUUGAAAUCCUCCUGCUCAGCCUCCUGAGUAGCUGGGAUUACAGACAAAUACCACCACACCCAGCAAUCUGCUUCAUUUUUAAAGGAAGACUAUUAACUUUGGUUAAUAGCUUAAAAAUCCUUUUUUACUGAAGCAGAUAAUAAUUAAUUGACAUAUCUGAAAUUCCCAACCAGUCAAGAGAUGACAAAAACCAAAACCCCUUAACUUAAUAUGGCUUAGCCCCCAAAUGUCUGUUUUUAAAUAAGUGGAUAAUAGUAGAAAAUAGUUUAGAAUCUAUUACUUUAUUAAAAAUAUGUUGUUACACUAUCAAUAUGUUGGUCAAAGUUGCUAUCGACUGUUUUGAACAAAUGUGGAAGCAUUUUUAAAGAGCAUUUAAUAUGUUGGAAUGCAGGAUACUAGCUAUGUUUGAUCAUCAAGUUUAUGUGAGUGAGAGAUAUCAGUGCCUUCCUGAGGAGGCUCAGGAUAGAUAAGCAUAGCAUGUGUUUUUGCUUUGUAUUAUCUCAUUUAGCAUGGAUCCAUAUGUAUUGUUAUCCUUUAUUUUAUAAUGUGUAUAUUUGCUAUAUCUGUAUUUGCAUAAUUACAAUAUUUUGAAUUGAAAGAGAAUUUCUGAGGGGAGAAAAAAGCAAUUGAAUGAGGUAUAUACAAUAAGACCAAUCUGAUUUGAGAAAAGGGAAGAAGGGGAAGGUAGUUUGAAUAAAAAUCUGAAUUACAAACUAUUUUAGAGAAAUAUAUACUUAUAGAUAGAAUAUUUUAAUUGAAGUAUAUAUUAUAUUAAUGAGACAAGAUGAAUAAGAAAUUAUAUUCACAUAGGACUAUACUACAUUAUUUAUCACACAUGGAUCUUUUGCCAUUAGGUCAAUUGCUAGAUCCAGAAAUUAGAAGGUUAAAGGCAAUGCAUAAACUUUUUUAUCCUUUGACUUUUAAAAGGGACCUACUAUUUGUAUACAAACCCCUGAAAAUUCAUAGAAGAAAAAUUAUUAUUCAUUUUGCUCUGUAAGUCAUAUUAUCUGAAAUAUUACAAAUUCCAAAUUUCUAGGUGCUACAUGAAUUAAAUUUUACAGUAACUUAACUAAUUAUUUUUACAGAUUUUAAGUUGGGGUAAUGUUAGGUAUUUUUAAAGAUGUGUAAAAUGUCCUCUGAAAAAUUAAUUCAGGCUAUUGUCCCUUUUGUAUGCAGUUAUUUAUUAUGAAGACCAGUAAAUUAUGGCAUUUAAAAUGAGAGAACUUAUUUGUAAUGGUAAGUUGCAGCUUGUUUUUUGAGGAAAUCAAGUUAUUUUACUUUUACUCCUAUUUUUUAAAACUCUCUUCUAAUUUAAAAAUAGAAAGGAUAGAAAGUAAGCAGUAGAAACAUUACUGUUUUGACAUUAAAAUGGUACCAAUAAAAUAUUUUAUUACCAAAA